GCCACACCCUCCCCUACAGAAGUGCUCACAGCACAGCCCUCAGCAUGGACUGGAGCUGGAGAACCCUCCUCCUGGUGGCCAUGGCGACAGGUGUUCACUCCCAGGUGCAGCUGGUGCAGUCUGGGGCUGAGGUGCGGAAGCCUGGGGCCUCCGUGAAGGUCUCCUGCAAGGCUUCUGGAUACUCCUUCACCGACUACAACAUGCACUGGGUGCGACAUGCCCCAGGACAGGGGCUUGAGUGGGUGGGGAUGGUUUUCCCUUUACUUGGAAUCACAAACUAUGCACAGAAGUUCCAAGGCAGAGUAUCCAUAACCGGAGACACAUCCACGAGCACAGCCUACAUGGAGCUCAGCAGCCUGAGAGCCGAGGACACGGCCGUGUAUUACUGUGCAAGAGACACACUGAGGGGAAGUCACUGUGAGCCCCGACACAAACCUCCCUACAGGAAGGUCUCUGACCACCAGGGGGCGCGCAGGGUCCCUGAACACAAGGACCAACCCAGCAGCAGUUGGCAGCAGCAGAGAAGGGGACUGAGCAAGAAGAGGCUGAGCUGCUGGAAAAGCUCCAGCCCGCAGCGCCCAGGUCCCCAGGGUGCAUGCCCAGGGCUGGACCAGCUGGUGCAGCAGUGGCUGGUGCUGCUGGACCUGGGGGACCUGGUGGCCUGGACCCCUGUGCCCUCCGCCUCUGGCCUCUGGCCGAUGUUGCUGGACACCAGCCUGGCGUUGACCAGCACUCCUCAAAACCGGCAGCUGCAGGAGAUGGUUGUAUGA